AUUGCCUCCAAAGACAGCACAUCAAACUCUCCCAAGUUCCUCUCUCUCUCUGUUCUUGGAGUUUAAGAGAAUGGAAGGCACCAUCCCUGUCUGGAUCUUGGCUGUUGCAUUGCUCUUACAGCAACUGCUUGUUCCUGUCUUGUCCAUUAGCUACUCGGAUGACAAGCACUACUACUCCCCCGACCCACAUGCAGGAACUCCUCCCUCAGGUUCACAUGGAUCUCCGUCCCAUGGAACUACCCCAUCACCCUCUCAUGGAACCCCGUCUCAUGGAACCCCGUCUCACGGAGGAGGCUACACUCCAACUCCUUCAACUCCAUCCCCAUCUCACGGAGGAGGCUACACUCCAACUCCUUCAACUCCAUCAAACCCUCCUUCAAACUGUGGAAACCCACCACAUGAACCGAGCCCUUCACAUCCUUCAACCCCUCCUUCCGGUGGAUACUACACGUCCCCUCCACCUUACGGAGGCGGUAGUACCCCUCCCACCACUCCCGUGGUUGUGACUCCUCCUACGCCCGUUGUUGUAAGUCCUCCGACAACUCCCAUCAUCGACCCGGGAACCCCUGGAACUCCGUUCUACCCUGCUCCCUUGCCCCCGAUCACUGGAACAUGCGAUUACUGGAGGAAUCACCCGACCCUGAUAUGGGGGUUGCUUGGCUGGUGGGGCACCGUGGGAGGAGUCUUUGGAGGCACCACUGCUCCAGGGUUUUCGUCGAACAUGAACCUUCUUCAGGCACUUUCCAACGCCCACACCGACGGGUAUGGAGCGCUCUACCGAGAAGGGACUGCCUCCUGGCUCAACUCCAUGGUGAACAACAGGUUCCCUUUCACAACCACUCAAGUCAGGGAUAACUUUGUGAGAGCUUUAUCUUCGAACAAGGCUGCUGCAACACAAGCUCACACCUUCAAGCUUGCAAAUGAAGGUCACCUAAAGCCCAGAUCCUGAAAAAGAAAAGAGGAAGAAAAUGUUUCAUUUCUCAAAUGGCCUGUUUAUUUCUUAAAGCAUUCUAAUUAUCUUCCUGUGUGAGAGUGUGUAUGUGUGUGCGCGCGCGUGUGAACCACUUUGAGUUUGAAGUAUUUUAUAGCAUAUUAUGAUAUUUGAUAUGGACACUCCUUAUAUUAGAUGUUUAUGUUUUCAAGUUA